AGUACCAUGUUUCGGAAGCCUCGUCGUGCGCUCAGAGUGCACCGAAAAGAUGAUCUAGAUAAAGAUUCCGAUGAAGAACAAUCAGAAUCUUCCAAACAGAAUGAACAAGCUCCUCCAGUUAUUGCAAAACCUGUAACUAGCAAAGCAACUCUUAGUUUUGGCGAUGAUCUCGAUGAAAUCAAUAUGUUCAAAGUUAAACGUCCGGCUCAUAGCCGGAAGGUUGUGAAACAACUGAAAGAAGGCAAGAGCUCACUGAAAUCAUCUGAUUCAACUGGUUUAAAGUCGUCAAUCCCUGAACGAACGCAAUCAUAUCCAGUCACUCUAGAGGAUUCGUCAGGCUCUUCAGAUGCUCCUGCUGAAGAAGAAAUAAUCAAAGUUAAACCGCUUACUAGAGCCUCUUCGGAACAGUUCUCCUCUAUGCUUAAACAGGGUGUCAUACCUGAUGCUAGUACGAUACACAUGGUUCGCAAACAUCGCCAACAAGCCAAAUUUCAACUCCAAGCUGAGGAGGAAUCUAAUUCACCUCCCCAUGUCUCUGGAAACGACGGUCAACGUUUGAUUCGUGAAGAUGAUGAUGACGCUGAGGAGGAUGAUGGGAGUGGUUUCGGCACAGUUGAAGCCUAUCAACACCACCGACCUGCUUUCACUCUCACCGCAGAGUAUCGUGACCCCAGCAGCCGUCGUCGCAUAGAUAUCUCUCGUGGCCUUCAACGUCGUCGUGAUCUGGAGAUGCGCAAGGGUUUGUCAGAGGGGAAACUUCAGGAGCGUCCCACGUUGGUUGAUGUGGCAGAGAGAGAGAGCUCUGCUGUUAGAGGUAGCAGUGGUGACGAAUCUGAAGACGAAGAUGCUGCCACCUGGGAAAGGCAGCAGAUCCAAAAGGCCGUCUCUAGCAAGAAUACUGCAGUACUUGAGGCUCUCGAGCCUGCCACAACGAAUGAAGGAGGUCUCCUACCAACACCUUCACGUCGAUCCUCUGACUUUGGUAAUGUGACGCUAGCCUCAGUCAAAGCUAUGCUUCAAGAACGCUUAGAUAAAAAGACCAAAAUCCUACGAGAAAAUAAGACGGAAUUGUUAGCCGCAAGGGAGGACUUAAAACGGGGUGAAGUGACAGUAUCUUCAGCGAGAUCUAAGCUUCCUCAACUUGCUGAAACACUGAAAUUCUACAUGGAGAUAAGGGAGUAUGUUAGAGAUCUAAUUAACUGCUUCAACGAAAAGAUGCCCAAAAUUGAGUAUCUUGAUAAGCGAGCGUAUAUUCUAUACCGCGAACGUACUGAUACUCUUAUGGCCAGACGACGAGCAGACGUCGGAGAUUUAGCUGAUGAAGUUACUGGUCCUGCGGGUACUGAGAGUACAGUGGAUCCGAAGGCACUUGAAGCCCGAAAACGUCGAAAAGUUGAUAGGGAUGCUCGGUGUGCAAGACGCCGAAAAAUGAAACAAGAUGAGGCGUAUAAGAAGCGAAUUGAAGCGGAAAUCGGUGUUUCUUCACCUUGUGAGGGUGUUAGCUCUGAUGACGAAGAACAGCAAUAUGUCAUCAAGAAGAGAUCAGAUGACUUCGAUGAUAUUAAGAAGGAUGCCGGGUACUUAUUUGAUGAUGUAGUGGAAGAAUACUGUACCAUCUCCUCAAUUCUCCAGCGUUUCAACGAAUGGCGUAAUCGAGUGGUGAGCAGUUACGCACAAGCCUACAUUCCAAUGUGCCUUCCAUUGCUUCUGGCUCCACUCGUCCGCGUUCAGAUGAUCUCGUGGAAUCCUCUCGAGGCCAACUGUCCGUUCUUCGACCAGUAUGGCUGGUUUAUGGAUUUUUUGGAUUACUUUGCGGAUCUUAAGCGAGUGGAGGAUCUGGAGAAUGAUGCUUCUGGAGAUUCUCAACGCAAAGUUCUCUUCGAUUUGGCCAACUCCCCAGAACACGAACUCACUGUCAUCCCUCAUGUCAUUGAGACGGUUCUUCUCCCAAGAUUAACUGAAAUUGUAUCAGCGUCAUGGGAUCCGCUAUCCUGGAGUCAGACACAACGCCUUGUAAGUGUUGUCCAAUCUUUCGCAACUCUUUGGCCCACCGUCUCAGCUGAGAGCAAAGCUACUCAACGACUCUUUGAGGCAGUUCUUCAGAGGAUGGAAGCCACGAUCCAAGGGGAUAUUUUCAUCCCUCUCUACCCCAAACAACUCAUGUCAGAUUCCCAAAUUCCAGCUCGGCAAUUCUUCGAUCGCCAGAUGAAUGUCGCCAUGAAGCUUCUUUCCAGUCUUCUGAAAUGGCACAAUUUGCUUGCUCCUGCAGCGUUGAAACAUCUUGUCUUCACAUGCCUUGUGAAUCGCUACAUCCUAAUUGGAUUGGCCAGCGUCAUGGCAACUGCUUCUGAUGGCAUCACUGUCUCUCUACCAGUGUGGGAGUCUGUAAUUAAUCGACUGAAAGCCAUUGCCAUCAAUUUGCCUCUUGAAUGGCUUACCGACCCCGAAGAUAUGCAGUUAACCCAACUUCGACGAUUCACCAGUCAACUCAUUGAUCGUCUGAAGUCAUACGAGGCCUCUUCCAUAAGCACAGAGACUAAUGACCAUGUGGAAUUGAGGUAA